CCGUGCGGGCAGGCUCCACCCGCAGCCCGGGCGAAGGCAGGAAAUCCCGGGCAGCUGCCACGGGAGCCCGCUCGCCUCUGCUCCUCGUCGCGGCUCGCCGAGCCGCGCAGCCCUGCGUGCGUGUGCACGCGUAGGCGGGGGGGCUGCCGCAUGGAUUUAGCCACGGCUGGGAGGGAACACAUGGGCUGGAUUUUUUUUUCUUGGCCUGCGGUGGCUGUCCGUCCCGCCGGCCGCGGUUAUGGAUUCGAUCAUUAUUCAGGAGCGGUUAGUGGAGAAGCUGCUUUCCCCCCGGACGCAGGCACAGCGAAGCCACCCAGCCAAGCUGAAGGACCAUGAGAAGCAGUACGUGGGCUUUGCCACUCUUCCUAACCAGGUCCACCGGAAAUCUGUGAAGAAGGGUUUCGACUUCACCCUGAUGGUUGCAGGAGAGUCGGGUCUGGGCAAAUCUACCCUCGUGAAUAGCCUGUUCCUGACAGAUCUCUACAAAGACAGAAAGCUUCUCAACGCAGAGGAGAGAAUCAGCCAGACAGUGGAAAUCGUCAAGCACACGGUGGACAUAGAGGAGAAGGGGGUCAAACUGAAGCUGACCAUAGUGGACACGCCGGGCUUUGGAGAUGCCGUUAACAACACUGAGUGCUGGAAGCCCAUCACUGACUACAUCGACCAGCAGUUUGAACAGUAUUUCCGAGAUGAGAGCGGCCUCAACCGGAAGAACAUCCAGGACAACCGAGUGCAUUGUUGCCUCUACUUCAUCUCACCCUUCGGGCAUGGGUUGAGGCCUGUGGAUGUCGAGUUCAUGAAGGCUCUGCAUGAGAAAGUCAACAUUGUGCCACUGAUCGCCAAAGCUGACUGCCUGAUUCCCUCUGAGAUCCGGAAACUAAAAGAGAGGAUCCGGGAAGAGAUUGACAAAUUUGGCAUUAAAGUGUACCAGUUUCCGGAGUGUGACUCUGAUGAAGAUGAGGAAUUCAAACAGCAAGACAGAGAGCUGAAGGAGAGCGCUCCCUUUGCUGUCAUCGGCAGUAACACAGUGGUGGAGGCAAAAGGCCAGAGAGUCCGCGGACGGCUGUACCCCUGGGGCAUUGUGGAAGUGGAAAACCAGGCGCACUGCGACUUUGUGAAGCUGAGGAACAUGCUUAUCCGGACACACAUGCAUGACCUGAAGGAUGUCACUUGUGAUGUCCACUACGAGAACUACCGAGCUCAGUGCAUCCAGCAGAUGACCAGCAAGCUGACUCAGGACAACAGGAUAGAAAGCCCGAUUCCUAUCCUGCCUCUCCCAACACCUGACACUGAGACGGAGAAGCUGAUCAAAAUGAAGGAUGAGGAGUUGCGGCGGAUGCAAGAGAUGCUGCAGAAGAUGCAGCAGCAGAUGCAGGAUCAGUGAAAGGCAGGUGUUUGGAGGGCAAAGGGAAUCACCUGGUGACCAUCUGAAGCUUGGCUUGAGCAGUGGAUGUUUAAAAAGAGGUUCCCUGUUGUAUAGAGACUUGUGGGCAAGAGCUGCACCCGCACCCUCUAAUUUAUUAGCAAUGCUGGCUUUGCAGUCAGCCAGAUUGUGGAGGAGGCUGUUCACUUAACAGUUUACUGAUGUGUAUUUUCUUUUUUUUAAUUAUUAUUCUUUCUUCUUCUUUUUUUUUAAAUUUGGUCUUUUUAUUUAAAGAAAAUAGCCUAGGAAGUAUCUAAGGCAUCCUAAAAAAGAAAAGAAAGAAAAGAUCUCCUUUUCCUAUGUACUAAUUUCUUGUUUGGGAAUGCUCUGGUAUUUAAAGUCCUGGUUUCUCUGGUGUACGAACUUGAAGAUUAUGUGUGUCAAUGCACGUAAAUGUUUACUCCCAACUGAGGUGCUGUGCCCCCCCCUCCCCCCGCUUUGUCCAGGGCCAGCACAGGCAUCGUAAAGGCAGAUGUUCCCUCCUGUGAGUUUGACCUGCACUGCCCAGGCUUCUCAGCCUGGGGCCAGCUCUGGCCCAGAGAGCAGGAGCUGGGGGUAUCUCUGCACACUGACCUGCUGAGAGGUCCCGAUAGUUGUGUGGUUCCCUGCCUGGAUGGAUUUUUUUGGGGGGGGGGGGGUUGGUUGUUUGUUGUUUUUUUCCUAUCAACAAACACCAGGAUCUUUACGCUGACUGGCAGGAGACAGUCUCUCUCAAGGUCAGUUAGAAGAAAGCACUUCCAGUGCCCUCAGCUAGGUCUUUCUAGAAGAGAGGAGGAGUUGCUGAGGAUUGCUUGCGAGGAGGAGGAAAUGGGAGUCAGCCCCUUCCCAGUCUGCCAGCCACGCUCUCCUUCCGCAGCAGAUCAGAGGGGAUGGCAGAAGCCAACUGGUGAGUUGGCUGGUGAGAGUAUCUCAUGGCUCUGGUCUUUUCUCCAGUGUUUGCUUGGAAAAGUACUGUGGCAGCCAGCGUGCCUCGCUGUGCCCACUUUGGAAGAACAGAAACCUCGGAACCGAAAGUCAACCCCAAAUUCAGAGCUGUACUCUGUCCCCCAGUUUGCAAUCCCACAAGUGUAUUGCUGGCUCUGCAGUUCUUUUGGGGCAAGGGACAGUUUUGGGGUGUUUGUGCCAGAGAUCUGAGAGCGCCUGUCCCAGCAGGCUGCCUUGCAGGGGAAAGAGGCUGUGGGGAGCUGGCGUGGGUCAGUGCAGCAGGUGCAGGAAUGCCACUGCGCACGGCUGAGCACAGCCCGGCAGACUCGGUACUUCCUCCCCUGCCAUUUCCCCUGAGACUCAGCCCUUCUCCCUGCUCCCCAGCUCUUCCUGUCUCAGUGCUGGGAAGGCCACUGGAUCUGCUGGGCAGAGAUAAGAGCACUCUUCGGGCAGUAGCUUCUGUCCCACUCUUGCUUCCUGCAGUAUUUUUAACUUCUAGUCCAGCCAGAGGAGAGCCCAGGAGUGCAAUGUAUCUGACAGCUCAAGACUUGCUAGAAGCACUGCCGCACUCGCAGGGAGUCCAGGGCUCUUGGAGGGAGAGACACUUGGCUCUUUCCUCUAACUCCAGAGAGCAUCACCUUGGACAGGGACUUUCUGCUCCUCUGGCUCCUGACCCCAUUCUUCUGUCCACUCAUCUGCCUGUUUCAGCUCCUCCAUUUCUGGCUCUCCCCAGCAGAUCUCUGGCUGGGAACAGUCAGGUGCUAAAUUCUUUUGUCAGGUGCUACGUUUGUCUGGGUUGAGUACCACGCUGAUUUUCUCCAUGAGGCUUUAAGUGUCCUGAUCAGAGCUUGUUCAGGAGGUGGAUAGGUUGGCUGGUUCCAGUUAUUCACUGUACAGAGCCUCUACUUGGCCAGAAAAAGGGUCGUACGGGCAGGAGAGACCCUGAGGCAACACUGAAGGACAAAGUCAGGGUAGAAGCCCCUCGGCAGAAAUGCGAAAGCUAGGCAAGGACAGUGUCCAAGGGAAACCUCUUCGAAGUGAUCUUUUGUUGCCUCAGAGAGGUGAGAAGUGGGGCAGGGGCAUUGGGAACAAGCUCAGCAGGACGGGGGAACUGCCAACACUUUUUUCCCUUCUCCCCUGUAUCAGGCAUGUAAGUGACAGUGGCAGUGGCAGCGCAGGGGAGUGGAAGGGUACAGCCUGUCUUCAGUAACGUGCAAGGCCAGAUUCUUCAGGAGGAAAUGCAGCCUUUCUUUCUGCAGUCUGCGUACUUGAGGAACAGAGUAGCCUGAGGUGAGAGCUUCCUCCAGGCUUUCUGGAGGAGGUUUGCUGCUGUCCCAAAGCAGGAGGACUGCCACGUUCUCAGCUUUAUUCACACUAGCGUAACCUGAAACACCCUGUGGUACCUGUCCCCUUUCUUUUCUUAUAUUGGUGUUGUCUAUGAGGAGGAUGUUUUGUUGAAAAUGAGCCCUGUCUAGAUAGAGAUGUUCCUCUUUCAAGGAGAUUCAGGCCUAAAAGACGGAGACCUUUACUCUUUAGCAUUGACAUAGGACAGAAUACAGCCUUUACCCAGGGUUGUGUGCUAGUGAGAAUGCAAGGUGCUGGGGUCAGGGGCAGGUAGGACUGCUGAGUAUUUAACUGCUUCUGUUCCUCUGAACGAGGAAGUUUCCAUCAGCUCAGUGCAUAUGGCUCUAAAUCGAGCUAAUAGUUGUAGCUCCAUUCUCUACGGAGAGCUCAAAUCUUCAACCAUCAACUGUCAAAGACAGUUUGAGUUGCGCUUGGAUAAAAAUGUCUACCAGUGAGAAUUAGAGAAUCGCAUUGGAGAAACAGCUUCUAGAGAGGGGAGCGAUACUGCUGAGACUUACGAGGUUCCUUUCCCAGAGCAUCAGAGCGGGGGUGCUGCUGGGAAAAGGUAAGAGACUGACUUCUGUGGGGGCACCAGAGACCCAGCCUUUGGCUUGUAAGUUGGCAAACGCUUAUUAAAGGAGGAAUGCUUUGUACUGUCAAACUGAGCUGCACUGUAAGCAGAGAAGGGACUCCUGAACCAAUGUAGCUUGGCCACUUGGCUCUGGCAGCCAGAAAAGCAGAAGAGUGUGGCUAGAAAGGUAAUUUAACACCUUCCCUCACGCAACCCUCCACUAUCUCACACGCAAACCCUGCACCCGCAGGCACAUUCCCAUGCCUCUGCCAAGCUUUGCCCUGCUGAGUGAGUCACUGCAGGAGCUGCGUCCUUCUCCUUGGGCACAACUCUCGGGGCUGCAGCUGGGGGUUCUCAGUACAUCUCAGACCUUGUGCCUGACUGGGAAGGGAGCCGUGGCAUGAACUCAUCGUGUGCUGCUGCUGUACUGGUCCUGCCUGUGCAGUCCUUCUUGCUGCCUCCCCGCGUGCCUCUCCCCAGAGGAGGGGAUCCCAUUCUUCAUGCUGUGCAAUGGCAUUCCCUGCUCCCUCCUCACACACCCAGCUCUGUUGUAAUGCUGGCUUGCUCCUUCCAUGCGACUUCCUCAUGACUUUCUUAUCGCUCUGCUGCAUUCCUAGGCUCUUUGUUUCCUGUCCAUCUGUUGGAUUGUUAUAAUAUAUAUAUUUUUUUGUAAAUUUCUGUUUGAACAUUUUGUCAUUGUGAACAAAGAAAAAUGAAACCUUUUAAAACAUAUCCAUUUUAUUAAAUGAUUAUUGUUAUUAUUAUUAUUAUUAAUAAUGUUUACUACCUGAAUUGAUCAGUGAAAUAAAUACAUUCAAAAAAACAA